AUGACACACAAUUACAUACAGUACGUGAGCUUGGGGCUGGGAGGGCUCCUACUCGUGCUUGUCGUCAUUCUGUCUGUCUGCCUGCGCCGGAUCCAUCAGAGAGUGAAGAGACUGGAAAGGAAUAAGGCGCAGACCCUCGAGCAGGAGCUCCACUAUGCGUCUCUGCAGAAGCUGCCAGUGUCCGGCAAUGAUGUCACCGACAGAGAGGACGGCGAAGGCAUGAAGGACGACCUCAGCACUGACUAUGCCUGCAUCGCCAAGAACAAGCCCACCUGAGCACCCCCAA